CACAUCUCCAACUUGAAUAAAAAUGAACCAAGGAGCUUGUUUUUGCAUUUAAAUUUAACCUCGUUUAAAAGUAUUCAGUUGCUUGACUUCACAUCUUUUCGGUUUCGUAUAUUAGUUUCAGUUUAAAAAAAGAAUAAUUUACAAUAAUAUAUAAAGAUUUGAUUGACUAUUUUGAUGUAUCCACGGCUCCACUUGAGUUUUAAUUAUUUAAUUUAAUUUUGAUUAACGUUUAGUUUAAAUUUUAAUUAAUUAAAGAAUUGUGUUCAGUGUUAUGGCUAAUUCAUAAUUCAAAAAAAAAAUUAGGUAUACCUAAAAAUUAUAUCAAUUUUAGACUUAUCAGUCUUUAACUGACAAUUUCGCCUUAAAUUUUAUAAGAAAUACAUUUUACUUUCAUUUUCAUCAAAGACAAAAUCAUUAGACAUUAGUCUUCAUUAGAAGAAAUGGAAGGGAGUCUAAACAAAAGUGUAGAAAUCAAUAUUAUAGAUGAGACGCUCACCGAUGAGAAUAAUGAGAUCAAGCCAGCAGAUCUUCAUCGUUCUGAAGGAAGAUUUGAUAACUCUGAGCCUGAUAUGCUCAGUCUAGAAGAUCAAGAUUCAUAUUCCGGUAAAUACAAUUUGUCUAUUCUAUAGUAUUGGUCUAAAGUCUACUGUUUAAUUCUAACCAUUAAUAUUCGAAGUGGCUUGCGUGCACCACGGGGGUGUACCUAGCAAUUAAAAAUUGUUUUAUAAAAUAGCAGAGACAUAUUACCUUUCUUACAUUUCAGUUAGAUAGAUGAAACAUUUUGUUAUAUUAUGAAAUUAUUAUUAACUGAUUGUAUAUUGCUUGACAGGUCAUUUAACACCCACUGGUGAAGUGAGAUCUGAAAUUGGUGAAUGUCCAGUUAAAAAUAGGGAGCUCAGGAUGACAGUGUCCAGUGGCAACUGCCCUACCAUGGCUUCAGAAGUAACAGUAGAGAUUCAAGAAACUCUGAAAAGCUUUGUUAAAGCUGUGCAUGAAAAGUAUAAUGAUGAUGGUACAGAUAUCGCAGAUGCCAUCAAAAAAUUUGUUCAUGUUCCCAAAACUGGCCCUGUGAAAGUGACCGGUAUGUGUGUCAGGCCAAUUGUUAUAAGCCUAAUUAAUUGCUGGUCCCAGUAAGAACAAAUUUGUAAAGUGUCCUGAAAAGUUUGAUACAUAAAUUUCUCAACCCUUAGAUAAUAUAAUCAACAGGCUUAUAUAUGAUAUAAUAACAAUUCAUUUGCUGCCUACUUAGAUACUACUUCUCAGCUAAGUGCUAUUUUAAAAUUUUAUUCUGUUUUUUUAUCUGUUUGUUUGCUGACGAAGACUUUCUGCCAGCACGUUGGUUGUUUUGUCGAGUUCCUUUUUUCAGGUUUAACCUUACUUUGUUUUACUAAUUACCUAUUGUGCUAACCUGAUUGCAGUCUCUCCCCUUUUUAGCCUAAUUACCAGGCUCUUAGCCUACCUGAAAUAUUGCCCCAUGUGACUAUGCAAACAAUAUAUUUUCUUGUGUGAAUUACUGUGAAGACUCAUGAUCUUUUCUAACAUCAUUGGGCAUGAUGUUUGCCUAAAACCUGACUCAAAGCCAAAUAAAUUUUUCUGAUGUAACAUGACUAACUAUGGUGUAAAUUACAGCGUAGGGGUAAACCAAACCACAAAACUUUUACUGGUGUGUAAUCGCUAUCUGUGGAUAUAAAUUACAACUACGGUAUACCAACCAAAUAACAAACAUCAUGGCUUUCUCACCCCCCAACCCCCCAGUGUUUGCCAAGUUUGAAACUCACAUGCCAUUUGUUAGUACUGUAGGGUACAUUGCUUUCAUAAUAUGCAGUUUCACUGAGAAGAAAAGUAAUAACAAAUACUGAUUCUAGUAUUAGUUUUCUUAAUAUUCAAUUUUCAAGUUUUAACAAUUGUAACAAUUGUUUAAAAAAAAAAAUAACUUAUCCAAAUUGAAAUAGCAAUCCCCAAGUAAAGAAUUGUCCAUCAAGUUAAGUUGAAGGCUAUCACCUUUGAAACAGAAAGAACCAUUAAAACUAACCAUAAUUUAAUAUAUACUUAAGCUCAUUCUCCUAAAAGACCACUGCAUUGGACAGGCUUUUGCAUUUUAUUGCCAGAACUUCUUAACAUCCCCUAGAGAAACUGAUGAGACUGGAGUAACUAUGCAUAUGCCCACCAUUUUUAAGUCCUAGAUUUUCCACCAAAUUUUUGUCAAUGUUAUUAAAAUUAUUUCUUUGGAGCUACCGGUACUUCCCUGACCACAUUGCUACAUGAUGUCAAGUCAAUUAAUUUAAUUAUUAAUUAAAUUAAUUUUUUGUGUGGAUUUAUUGAAUUUAGAUAAAAAUACUUUGCUGAUUUCUGAUUGAGCUUAUGGAAAUGAUCACUAAUAGCUUCACUCCACCUCUGUCAUAACAAGUUAAGUUUGUUUGAUUUGACUCUAUCUCCUGGAUUCUGUCUAAACUCAGUCUUAUGUUCUUAUUCUAGUAAAUAAAUCUUCUAAAUCUCAUUCUAACAGCACUGUCUUCUUACCUCUUUCUCCGUUAAAGCCUCAGGAAACAUUAUGCUCCCUAAACAAGUGAGCAUGAGUGGCUGUGAGAUAUCUGUGGCUGGCGAUCCAGUUUUGAUCCAACGGAUGUGUCAGAAGGUGCGGGAGUUGGACUUGAUGGAGAAUGACAUCAUGAAUUGGGAUGAGGUUAACACCAUAUUUUUCAUUACAAUUAAGCUAUCCAUAAACUAGUCACAAAACUAUACUCGAAAAUUGCCAUUGCUAUGAAGUUAUAAAAUUGUCCGCCUUCUAUACAUAAAUUCUAAGGCUGAUGACAGGCAUUGUCAGUGGUUCAUAAACUCAUUUAACUUUCAAAAACCACUGGACAAUAGUUUUUAAAUUAAACUACGACCCACAAGGCUAGUUCAUCCGGCCCGCCAACAGUACUUGAAUUUGCUUGAUAAGGCAUAUUUUUGCCCUCAAACACCUAAAAUCGUAAAAUAUCGUCUCAAAAUUGUAUGAUACGGUAUCUUAAUUGUAAAUAAAUAAAAUUGUAUUCAUUAUAUAUACUAUAUGUUAAUUUAUUGUUUUUAUAUACACUAUAUGAACUACUCACAUCUCAAUGCCUAGUGGGAUCGAGUUAAAUUGGCAUCAAAAAAGUUAACUACCAAAAGUAGAUGACGGGUGCACAGAGAAGGAAAACUUGUUGAAUUUCACCGCUGCUAACUUGACGUUGAGUUUGUGAAAGAGAAGAACUUUGCCGCUUGGUAUGGCAUGACGUUUGGAACAACUUAUGUCUGCGAGCAAACAUUUAAAAAAUGAAGUAUGUGAAGUCAACACAAGGAACGAGAGUGGCUGAUGAACAAUUGAAAAUAAUUCUCUUGAUUGGAGAUUGGAUGCAGCUAUUCAAAGCCGAACAUUGAUGAAAUCUAGAAAGCCAAACGUCAGUUUCACAAAUCUCACUAAUCUUUUUUGCUGCUUAGUUUGUGAUAUUUGAAUAUCUGCGUACUAGGUCUGAUGUAACUAUGUUUUGCCAACGUCACCUUCUUUGAUAGCUUAUUUUGAAAAUAAAUAUGUUCGUUCUGGCUUGCAGGCAUUGAACAGAAUCAUUAUCCUGCCCGAGCUCUUCAUUUUUUUCCGUUAUCCCGCCCAGCGUGAAAAAAGUUUGGCGACCCAUGUUCUAGAUGAAUCUUAUAAAAUGAAAAUUUCUUUUAAAUUUCAAUCAUAUCCUAGAUCAGGCCUGCACCACAUACGGCCGCGAAGUAAUGAACUAUUCUAUAUCAUUAAUAUUUUCUUAAUAGCUUUCCCCCUGUCCUAUUUUCUUUCGGCCGGCACAAGUUUUUCAUAAAGUACUACGGCCUGCCUUACAUUUUGUGUUGUGCAGGCCUGUUCUAGAUGGACCUUAUACAAUGAACAUUUCUUUUAAAAUACAAUCAUGUUUUAGAUGAACCUGACUCUUGUGAUGUCUAUCUCAUGUCUAUCUCAUGUCUAUCUCAUGUGCAUCUCAUGUCUAUCUCAUGUCCAUCUCAUGUGUAUCUCAUGUGUAUCUCAUGUCCAUCUCAUGUCCAUCUCAUGUCCAUCUCAUGUGCAUCUCAUGUCCAUCUCAUGUCUAUCUCAUGUCCAUCUCAUGUCCAUCUCAUGUGUAUCUCAUGUCCAUCUCAUGUCCAUCUCAUGUCCAUCUCAUGUGCAUCUCAUGUCCAUCUCAUGUCUAUCUCAUGUCCAUCUCAUGUGUAUCUCAUGUCCAUCUCAUGUCUAUCUCAUGUCCAUCUCAUGUCCCUCUCAUGUCCAUCUCAUGUCUAAUCCCAUGUCCAUCUCAUGUCCAUCUCAUCUCUAUCUCAUCCUAAUGUAAUCACUGCACAGGUUUUUACCAUCCUUGAAUGCAUACCUCACUUGACCUUCCUGAACCUGACCAAGAAUCAGCUGAGGUCUCACAUCCCAGAUGUGGCGGGCAGAAUGCUCCCUAACCUGACGCAUCUAGUGCUCAACAACACACUGAUCACAUGGGAUGUACUAGUACAGGUGCUUACAGUUUUUACAAGGUAACUAACCCUCAACACCUGCACUGGUGCCAAAUGUCAUGUAACUGUGCAUACAGGAUACUUAGACUGCAGGCAGUGUGUCAGUAGGAUACUCAUACUGCAGGCAAUGUAUCAGUAGAAUACUCAUACUGCAGGCAGUGUGUCAGUAGAAUACUCAUACUGCAGGCAGUGUGUCAGUAGAAUACUCAUACUGAAGGCAGUGUGUCAAUACCUCAAAUAACAGUAGUGCUCUUUGCAUUUCACUUUUUAAUGAUUGUACAGUACACCAGGUUGGAUAGGAGCUUGUCAUGACAACUAUUUUCAAAUCAUCAAGUCAAAUAGUAAUUAUGAUGCCACAAUAAUCGAGUUGAAAGUCACUGUUAGCAGAGUCAAAUGAUAUUAGACUUUGCGAUGUCAUUCAUAAACUUAAAUGUAUCCCUGAUGGGACUUAAUAUGCCAUCUUCUACUUCCUGUUGUGCUCCUUCUUCUGCCUAAAGAGAAACAAAGGCCAAUAAGCAUUGCUCUUCAUCUUGGUCUUUCUGUCUUCACUGUCAUCACUGUCUCUCCUUGCCAUUCUCAAUUCCCCAUUCAGAUUCUUUUCUCUGUGUUCUUAGGCCUUCCAUGGCCUCUUUUCUAUGCCUGCCAGAUGAUGCUUGCAUAUAUUUACCUGAUUUUGUUAACCUGAAUCUGACUCCACGUCCUUUUGAUUAUGUCAUGCGAGAGUGUUUCAGACACUGUGAUUCAGAUAUCAUCAUGUCAAAACUCGGUUCACAAAGCAGCGUUUGACUUAUGUCUCUGUUUAUGUGUAAUUAACCUUUCUGUGAUUGAUUGCCAUUUAACUUUCUCAGGAACAUUUUGCCUCAAGCCAAUGUAUUGUGUUUCUAAGAAGUAGAUUCAAUUAUUAAAAUAUUAUUCCCUCUUCAGCUUGGAGGAGCUACAUCUCAGCCUCAAUGGCUUUGAAACUGUUGACAUUCCAGUCAUGACAUCGUCUGCGACAUUUAGUCCUCCCUCGACCCCAUCGUCAGGCACCCCAUCGUCGGACACCCCAUCAUCAGACAACCCAUCACCAACGAUCUACCCGUCUCUCCACAAACUGUUUUUUAUUGGGAACAAGGUGACAGAUUGGAGAGAGAUCAACAAGCUGGGCUCCUUCUUCCCAAACCUCGUCUUUCUGCUCCUGUCUGAAACGGACUUAACCCAUUUUGAUGGCUCAGAUAAUAUUGGGGAGUGCUUCCCUUGCCUGCAGACGCUGGGCUUAAACAGAACUCAGCUGAGAUCAUGGGAUGAGGUUGCACAACUUCGGCUCUUCCCUUCACUCAAUGACGUUAGACUCAAUGGAAUUCCAUUUUUAGAUGUAAGUCAAAAUUUCUUGUGAUGAUCCAGACAACAACAAAAAAAUGAUACACAAUAAUAUUUCUUAACAAUGAUCACAUCUUUUCCAUAUUGAUACUUUAAACAAAUAUCCAUCAAGCUUACAUGACACCCAAAUCUCCUCGUCUGAAUAAACAUAUGACUUGACAUAUUGAAAUAAAUUAUAUACUAGUUACAAAAUAACAUAUAGCUCAAUUCUUAAGUAAAAAGGUAUACCUUGCAAUGCAAUGUAGCUUUCAAAAUCAAAAUUCUUCACCACUAAAAAGACUAUGUAUUACACCUUCAUUUCCCGUUCUUAAUUUCAUAUUUAUAUUUUUUAUUUGGGCACAUGCAAAGUGGUUUUAUAAAUAAUUAUUUCAUUUCCUAAAGUUAUGUGAUGUGUGAUGUGAUGCUGAUUAUCACAUCCUAAAAGUCAGUAACAUUAUUUUAAUGUUGCAACUGUCAUGAUAUAUAUAUGUAUAUAUAAUAUAUAUUUGGCAUUCGUCUUGUCUCAAUGAGAUCAUGGUCUGGAUCUGGCAGGAAAAAAUCACAAGGCUUGGGAUUUUGUCAUGAGCUCAUUCCCUAGUCAGCAGAUGACACCCCCCCCCCCCCCCCCCCCCCCCNCCCCCCCCCCCCCUAACCAUUGCAUCAGACAUACCCAAGGGAACAUCAAUUGCAUGAUACAGCUGGGCAAGACCUGCCACAAUUUUUAUUUAGGCAUGUCAUACCAUCUAUGGGACUACUUCUCCAGGUUUGAAUUCAGUUUUUACCUUCUCCUUCAUGAGUUACUAUCCAAGGUUAACGACUCUCAUCAACUCAGAGUGCACGUGUUGUUUUUGCUUGUCUGGAUUUUUGCCGAGGAUUGGUUGGUUAAACACAAAAAGAGAGUUCUCAAAUUAAAUAUUAACUAAAGAUCACUGCACCAGACGGCAAAUAAUGUUUCAUUUUCAGGAAUUUACAGAGAUGUUUCGAAGGCAGCACACAAUUGCUUUGUUACCAAAUAUCACAAAUUUAAAUGGAAGUCGCAUUGGAGACAGUGAAAGAGAGGACGCAGAGAGAGCUUAUAUACGUUUAUUUUUGGACAAGGAAGAUAAGCCACAAAGGUAACAUUAAUUAUAAUUAUGCUUCUUGACAAAAACUACAAUUAUUUACUCCUAUAUAAGUUUAUUAUUUACUCUGUCACAAGUUCAAUAUUUACUUUGUCACAAGUUUAAUAUUUACUCUGUCACAAGUCUAAUAUUUACUUUGUCACAAGUUUAUAUUUUACUCUGUCACAAGUUUAUUAUUUACUCUGUCACAAGUUUAUUAUUUACUCUGAGACAAGUUCAUUGUGCAGAUAUUGCUUUUUUUUUUUUUUUUUUUUUUUUUUUUUUUUUUUUUUUUAAUUUUUUUUUAUUUUUUUUUUUUUUUUUUUUUUUUUUUACUGUUUAUACUAUUUAUAAAUUAUCGUAAGAUUAUCUUUAAUGAAACAUGCACAUUAAAAAAAUAUGAUGUUAAUUGUAAAUUUUAAAUAUUAAUUUAAUUUUUAAUUUUUUAAAAUGUAAUAGCUGAGAAAUUUGACUUUUAUCCUAUUACUUUGUACCAGUACAGUUAUGAACAUAUUAAUUGAAAUGAUAGAGUACAGUCAUCAUAUGAUUUAUUGCCACACCUAUUACGUUAAAUUCAGUCAUCGCAUUCCUUUUACUAAGGUAUCAUGAACUGGUUCAGAUGCACGGUAGAGUAGAUCCACUGGCCAAAGUUGAAUUGAAACCUCAACGAUUCAUAAAACUAAAGGUAGGCAGCAUUGACCAAAUUUCUUCUAAGGCCUGAAUACGCUUGGACUGUUCAUAACUGUAUCCCACGUUCUAACUUCAUCAUUUAAAAAAAAAACAUUUAGGUAAUUGCACUUGAGCAAAAUUUGUGUAACUUAGUUUUUGAGAUGUGAUUCUCAGCUGCUGUUUCAUUAUAUGAUCUAGCAUUUAAUUAAAUAGGUAAUGAUAGGUAAUAAAAGGUAAACAUCAAGAUUGGAACAGCAUCAAAACUGUUGUGUGUCUAUAUAAAGGCCAAAAAGGUUGGCACAAUUCAAUCAUUUCUAGACAGUGGUCGUAUAGUCCGUCAAUGUGUCAGAUGUCAAUGUGUUUUAACACUGCUUCCAUUUACAUUGAGAAAAAAGUAUUGGACAAAAUUUAGCAAUUCUUUGUGGCUUUCAGCUCAGCUCUCUCAUUUUGACUCCUGGUUAUACAAUAAAGAUUAAUACAUUACAUCAUAGAACAGGUGAAUUACUUCUACUCUGAUUAUAUUGGCUUGUUCUACAGAUUCGUAUUGAGAAUGCCAAUCAGGAAUUGAUCAAAUUGGAGGAAAUGUCUAUCGACGUCACGCAGACUAUCCGUGACUUGAAGAAAUUGCUCAGCAAUGUGGCUGGCUACCCCUCAGCUAAAUUUAAUUUAUAUCAUCUGGACAAGGAGAUAGACAUGUUAUCUGACAAACUCAAGUACAUGGAUAGAAAAUUGUUUUCUUACAACAUGAGAGACGGGGAUGAAAUCAUUGUGGAAUGCAUGAACUAAAUGUCAUUGUUUUUUUGGGGGAAAUAUUUAAAAAAAUUGGUCCUAACUUGGAUCGGAUUUCUCCGUGAUAGAAAUCAUUUUUCAUAUUUUUUUUUAACAUAAAUAUUUGUUAUGCUUUUUUUUCAAAGAAAUCAAAUCCAAAACUUUGAACAGUAAUUUUAAAAACUUGACUGGUAUUUAAAAUAUAUAUUUUUAAAAAUCAGCAUUUAAAAAAACUUAGCUUUUAAGUUAUAAGCUUUUUAAAUCAGUGUGUAAAAAAAAAAAAAAAAUUUAAGUUACAAUUUUCUUAUAAAUUACUUAUACAUUAUACCUUUAUUUGUUAAACAAAUUUUAGUUAUUUUUUUUCUAAAAAGAAAGAAAAAUACAAUCAGAGGCAGAGUUAAAUGUAUAACAAUUUAUUUUAGCUUAUGACUACCUCGAAACUCGAUUGUUUUUAUUUGAAUUAAUUAGAUUUUUUUCUCUUUAUUUCUUUAAGAUAAACAUUAUCAUUUGAUAUUUUAAAUGUUUUAUGGACGGUCUUUAUGGAAGGUCGUUAUGGAAGGUCUUUUAACAGGCCGAAAUGCCUUUAUUAAAUAUACUUCUGCAGUUUGGCACCAUAUUAAGAUGAAUGAAUGUUUGUCCUUUUAAAUCACAUAAUGCUAUUCAACGGUCAGUAUCUUCUGUGUGGCAAUAAUCCAUGAAUUUCUUUAUGUUAUGUGAUUCAAUGAUAAAUUUAAGUUCAUUUCUAUAUCACAUCCUAUCUUUUUUAUAAAAAAAUUAUCUUUGCAUUAAAUUUUUUGUUAGUCCUUGUACAUUUUUAAAUGUUCUAAUUUGGAAACAUGUUUCCUUUCUUUUCGAAGCAUCAAAUACCGGUACUUAGUUUCUAUAAUUUUGGUACUUAGUUUCUAUAAUUUUGAUAACAUUUUUUAAAACUAUUUUGAUACUGCUUUCUUUUACCAUUAAAAAAAAAAUAUUUUUUUACCAAAUUUACCAUAACUUUUAAUUUCGCUUUAUACAAUAUAUAUCAUUUGAAAUAUUAUACUUGAAACAAUGAAUCCCUAUCAAAGGUAUCAAUACUCUCGGGAUAUUUUAAUGCUAAGCCACGGUAGCUCAAUUUCAUGAGUGCUCACAUACGUUUGGAACAAUUUGCUUUUUGUCAAGUCGGCAUUGGAUUUAAUCAUGUGACGCAAUUAUUAUGUUACUUUUGUCUUAUGAGCCAAACAACAUGUUGAUUAGUUUAUGUGACGCAAUUAUCAUGUUACUUUUGUCUUAUGAGCCAAAGAACAUUUUAAUUAGUUCAUGUGACUUAAGGAACAUCUUGAUGAGUUCAUGUCUAAAGUAAUAUCUAUGAACUAUUCAAUCUAUUCCUCUGAUCACCUGUACCAAUCAACAUGUUCUCUUACUCCAUUUUGAAAUAUUGUCCAACUUCUUUUUGUGCAGAGUUGGAGAAGUUUCAAAUGAAUUUUUCCUCCGAUAUUUUAUAAUGAAAGUGGAUUUUUUAAACCAAUUUCCCGAACAUUGUCAUAUGUCAGGGUCUACGCCAAUUAUUCACAAUUAUAUUAUAAUAUUAUUUUUGUAAAUAAGCUACAUUAACAAUAUUGCACUCUGAAAAUUAAUUUCAAUCUAUUUUUUACUGUGAUAAGUUUGAAAUGAUUUAAUCCUUGAUAUCAUGCACUAUAUAAAAGAUCAUGCACUGUACAAAAGUUCUCAUGUUCGAGAGAGGAAGCUUGAGAUGAGUUUGACAAUGAUGAAAACAAGUUUUUCUGAAUAAUAAUAAUAAUGAGUAAACCUUUGCUGUCCCCUGUGACAACCUUGCCCACGCCAUGUGUACAUUCACAUUAUCAUCUAGACACUAGAUGUUAGUCAUGGUUUUAGUUUUGUAGAAUUAGAGCUGUGCUCACAAACCUAAGAACAAAUCGACUAAAGGCCUGGUUCAGCUGAAAGUGUAGAAUCUAAGUGUAUGUAUAGGCCUAUAUAUAUAAAUAUAUAUAUAUAUUUAUUUAUUAAUAUAUUUCCACAGACACCUUCCAUACAAUACACCCAAUGAGUUAUAAGAAAGAGUAAAGCCUCCCUAUCCCCAUCAAAUGAUAUGAGAAAAUAAGAUUGUAUUUUUUUUAACUUCCUUCCAUUUUAAAUCUCACUACUUCCUGUUACUAUUAUUAGUAUUAGUGCUAAGAGCUUUGUCAUUAUGUAAUUUACUUAAGAGAAAAAUUGGUUGACAGGGAAUCAGCUUUGAAAGUUUGUGUCUUUUCAUUUACUUCUGCUUUGCUGCAGUUUUAGCCGCUCCCUCUCCAUGCUAGUGCCAUAGAGUCUUUAUUCAAGGGUGGGUGUGAAGAUUACCACAGACAGUCACAGUACAAAUGUAGAUUACCACAGACAGUCACAGUACAAAUGUAGAUUACCACAGACACUCACAGUACAAAUGUAGAUUACCACAGACAGUCACAGUACAAAUGUAGAUUACCACAGACACUCACAGUACAAAUGUAGAUUACCACAGACAGUCACAGUACAAAUGUAGAUUACCCCAGACACUCACAUGACAAAUUUAGAUUACCCCAGACAGUCACAGUACAAAUGUAGAUUACCACAGACACUCACAGUACACAUAUAGAUUACCACAGACACUCACAGUAAAAAUAUAGAUUACCACAGACACUCACAGUACAAAUAUAGAUUACCACAGACACUCAUAGUACAAAUAUAGAUUACCACAGACACUCACAGUACACAUAUAGAUUACCACAGACACUCACAGUAAAAAUAUAGAUUACCACAGACACUCAUAGUACAAAUAUAGAUUACCACAGACACUCACAGUAAAAAUAUAGAUUACCACAGACACUCACAGUACAAAUAUAGAUUACCACAGACACUCACAGUAAAAAUAUAGAUUACCACAGACACUCAUAGUACAAAUAAAGAUUACACAGACACUCAGUACAAAUAUAGAUUACCACAGACACUCAUAGUAUAAAUAUAGAUUACGCAGACACUCUAUUACACUUAUCUUUGUCGUGCAAUCAAUGACAAUUAAACAGUAAAGAUUGAAGCUAUGAUUAGAUCAUCUCUCCAUUAAUGACUGCUGUGAUUUUUUUUAUGUUGCAUUCCCGGGUGCUUUUUUUGCCAUAAGCAAGCCCUAACUCAUGUAAGGAAAAUAAUUGAUAAGGUAUUUUUGAUUAAUUCAUCGCCACUGAUUUGUUCUAGUGGCUAGAAAUGUUCAUUUCAACAGCAUCAAUGGAUCGCUUUCCUUUAUUUGUUGGCUUUGCUUUUCGCUAUUUGAUUCUUAUCACUUUUUUACGUCUAUUAAAAUAACAAUCAAAAGCUAUUAUGAUGAAACCAGAUUUUUUUAUAAGGUAACUUAUUGAAACCUUUCAAAUAUUCAGAGAAGAUUCAAAUUUGAUAUAAAAUAAAAUCUGUCUUCAGUAUGGUGUCUGGUAAAAUAUAGACAGCUUAUGUCGCAUGUUGUGAUGAGAAACAGAAUGGUGCCUGGUAAAAUAUAGACUGCUUAUGUCGGGUGUUGUGAUGAGAAACAGAAUGGUGUCUGGUAAAUUAUAGACUGCUUAUGUUGGGUGUUGUGAUGAGAAACAGAAUGGUGUCUGGUAAAAUAUAGACUGCUUAUGUCGGGUGUUGUGAUGAGAAACAGAAUGGUGUCUGGUAAAAUAUAGACUGCUUAUGUUGGGUGUUGUGAUGAGAAACAGAAUGGUGUCUGGUAAAAUAUAGACUGCUUAUGUCGGGUGUUGUGAUGAGAAACAGAAUGGUGUCUGGUAAAAUAUAGACUGCUUAUGUUGGGUGUUGUGAUGAGAAACAGAAUGAUGCCUGGUAUAAUAUAGACUGUUUAUGUCGGGUGUUGUGAUGAUAACCACAGGGUAACCAUCAAAUAAAAUAAGAGCAAGCAUCACAGUCAAGCGACUGAAUGCUUACGUCUUGAGCUCUUAUACUGAGUCAAAUCCUGUUUCACUUAAUUUUCAAUGGGACUGAAAGUUACAACCAUCAUGUAUUCUUCUUCUUAUUAUUUUAUAUUUUACAAAAAUGACUGUAUUUCCUGGUAAAAAGUUCAGUAAGACAGAAAUGCUAGUUGAGAUGCAAUUACAAUGAAUGCCAAGAAAUAUACAAAAUUAACCACAGACUAAUUUUUAUAAUUCUUCAUAUCAUAGACCCUUUUUUGUUAAAGGCCUGUCUUUCAUUUUGUCUGGUCCCACAUCUGGUCAGUCAUGUGACUGUCAGUACAAGUUAUACUUUAAAAUCGAAGUAAACUGAACAAUGUGUUGGCAUUUUAUGCCCUACUCUGACUGGGCAGUCUGUCUUUGUUUGGGCGUCUGUCUCUAACGGGCAGUUUGUCUCUGUCUGGAUAGUCUGUCUCUGUUUGGGCAGUCUGUCUCUGAUGGGACAUGUUUUAAUGUCUGAUUCCAAGUUAUCAAAUACAUAAACAGUUUUAGUAUUGUCACACAUUGAGUGAAGUGCUAUACAAUGCAUUUGUUUGUGCGGUACAAUGCAUUUGUUUUUUCCAUAGCUGCAAGAGCUACCUGUACAGAAAGUCAUUGUUUAUUUUAACUUUUACCGAUUUUGUUUUAAAUGUCCCACACAAUAUACAGACAUAAUUGAUUCUCUGCUUGUUUUAUUUUAACCAGUG